UCCCGCCCGGCAGCGGCGGGGGCUGCAGCGCCCGGCCCGGUCCGUAGGGGGGCGCUACCCGCAGGCACGGACGCCACGGGGAUCCCUGGGAUCAGGAGCGGCAUCCCCGGGAUCGUCCCAGGAAGAUGAGUGUAGGGAUCCCUGGGAUCAGGAGCGGGAUCCCCGGGAUCGUCCCGGGAAGAUGAGUGCGGGGAUCCCUGGGAGCGUCCUCCCGCUGGGUGCAGGGACUCCAUGGGGGCUGCGACCCCCCGACUCCCACUCGCUGCGAGUCCCAUGGGGGGCUGGAUUCCCAGGAUCCUCCCUGCCGGGCGCCGAGAUCCCCAGGAUCCCCCUCGCUGGGUGCAGAGACCCCGGGGGCCUCGGCUCUGUGCCCCCCUCGGCCGCCUCUGCUCAACCCGGCCACAGCUCCGUGCACUGACGCGCGGGCUGGUUCCUCCCUCUGCAGCUCAGGGGUGGAAAACAACGGGACUUUUUCCCCCCUCUCCCAUCCCACAGGUUGAGGCAGCGUCCCCUCCUUGCUGCGGCUCAGGCUAGGGGCAGAACCACGGGAGAAAUCCGUUAUUAAAGGAAGAAAUACACUCACGGCUGGGAAAACUAGAGGGCACCAAUGCCCCGGGCUGCGACUCCCAGGAGCCAAAUCCCAAUUUCCAGGGCGGGGCCCUACUUGUUCGGUUUAUUUAAUCAGAAACAUUCCCGGAGUUGCCGGGAAAAGGUUCCAGGACAGCGUAUCCUGCGGAUUCCAAUGCAUUAACACAGUUCAAUCACUCUCACACCGUGAAGCCUGAGAGGGGGAUUCCUUUAAGGGCGCGCAGCCCUCGGCAGCAGCCGGAGCUUUCCGGGGAUCCCAAAUGGCAUUCCCAAAAAGUGGCACCAACUGGCCUCAACCCUGUAUUUGUGGGAGAUGGAGGUGCCUUCGCCACUCUCCCCGAGACCCAAGCAUGCAGCAGCAGCUCCCGCCGUACGAGAUGCUGCCGGCGGAGGUGAAGAUGGACGAGUUGCCCCGGAGCACGACGGUGAUGGUGGAGGAGACGCAGCAGCAGCAGUCGCCGCCACCCCGGGACCACCUGGUGUGGUCCCUCUUCACCACCCUGUACGGCAAUUUCUGCUGCCUCGGCCUCCUGGCGUUCGUCUUCUCUGUCAAGUCCAGGGACCGCAAAGUGCUGGGUGACUACAGCGGGGCCCUGAGCUACGGCUCCACGGCCAAGUACCUGAACAUCACGGCCCUGGUGAUCAACAUCCUCAUCGUCAUCAUCGUCAUCGUCGUCGUCUCCCUGGCCGCCGCUGGGGUCUUAGGACGACCCCAGUACGGGUACGGCUACGGCCGCACUUAGUGCCCUCCUUGCCCCGCGGGCUGCGCUUCCCUCCCCGCCCGGGGUAGGAGCCGGGCAUGCCCGGGGAGUGCCCGGGGAGCGCCCUGCUGUCACCGAAACUGCAAACUGACAAUCCACGUGCCUCACCCGGAGCCUGCUGCUCUCCUGUCCCUCUUCCCUCCCCACUCGGAGCUUUUGUGGAGCCCUUGCUGAUGGCUGCCCUCGCUGGAGGCGUCCUGAGAUGGACCCUGCUCCCCAGAGAGCAGCUGAGCACCCCCAACCCUGCCACAGCCUGCUUGCUGCUUUGCUCUGGGCGUGGAACCCCAGCGGCCUCAAAACAAUUCUGAGAAGGAGCACCUGGCUCAGACAAACCCUGAUCCCUGAAAUAAAAAUUUAUUUCACUUUU